GCAGGGCGGGAACGAAUCCUCUGGCCCCACCGACCCUGAAAGAGGUGAAACAACCUCUCCGAGCUCGAGCUGCGGGGCGGCGAGAGGCAGCGGCCACAGCUCGGAUCCCUCCGCCUUUGUGGUGACGCGUCCCUCGCUCCCAUGGCAACUCCAGCCCGAGACGCUCCAGAGUGAGGGACAGGGCACUCCACCAAUCAGGAAAGAAGAUGGUCCGACCCAGCGAAUCAAGGUACGGACACAAAAACGCCCGCCCUCCAGUGGAGUAACUUGUUGCGGUGCUGCUACUAGCCUGCAUAUGAAACUUCUCAUCCUCAGCCCCAAACCAAACCAAUGAUUUAAAUGAAGAACAAAAAUUAUUUGAGUUAAGGACCUGAGCAACGCCAGGGAAAUCUCCUAGGAAGAACACAAGAACAGCCAAAGGUCCAGUAGGAGGAAGAUCAGGCCUCUGAAGCACAUCUGGAAAGAACUGAACACCCAUCUAUGUCUGAUUUCUUUCACAGAACUGAAGGAAAAUGAACCAAGUUAUUUCCUUGCUCGAUGAUUGCCUCAUCAAAACAAAACAUGUAGAGCAUGCAGCCAUCAUCAAAAUAAAGGAUGGAAGUGUGUGGGCAUCAACCCUUGGCUUUAAUCUGCAGCCACAGACUGUCCAUGUCAUCAUCCAUGCUUUCUUCAAGAACUUACUGCAAGUCAGAAAGGAAGGACUUUACUUCAAGGAGAAGCAUUAUAAAUGCGUCCGAGCAGAUGACUGCUCCAUGUAUCUUAAAAAUGUGGAUGGAGGUUUGAUAGCUGUGAAGACCGAGUCGUGCAUCCUGCUUGCUACUUACUUAGAGGGCAUGUAUCCCAGUGUAUGUGUGGAAGCCAUAGAGAAACUGGCGGAAUAUUUCAGAGAUAAGGAAAACUGAAUCUGAAAACAACUUAAAAUUGAUCAAGCUUAUGAAGACUGGUGCGUUAGAAGACCAGUUUGUAAUGAAGUACAUCUAAGCAAGCAAAACAAUAUCCAUUAUUCUGCAAUAUUCUAAGCUUUUUUGAUUUCUCUAAAAGCUUUACUGUUGCCUUUCAUUAAAUAUUCCAUUUCUUCUAAUGCCUGCUCAGGGUAUUCAGUGCCCCUGUACAUGUAAAAAUGAAAUAAUUUAUACCUGCAAGACAGAGGGAAUGGUACCUUGGCACCCCUGAGUCUUUUGGCUUCUUCCCUUCUUUGACCAUCUGUACUCUGAAACUGUUACCUCUUAGAUAGUCCCGGAGGGAGGGACUUCCAACACUCCAGUCAUCUGAAGAAGUGGGUUGUGCCCAUGAAAGGUCAUGAUACUAUGU